AUGGCAUUUUUUCAAUUGCUUCUGAAAGCUGAAAAGGUCGAAAAAGCUAGGUUGAGAUACGAGGAUGAAAAAUUGAGAUCGAUUGAGAUCUCCGAAGGUGUCAAGCCACGUAUCACUUUAAAGCAGCGUCUCCGACGAAAGAGAUUAAAAUGUAGAAAGAAGGUUAAACAUUUUUGGAGCCGAAUAGUUUCUUCCAUAAAAUAUACCUGGAUUUAUAAAAAAGUGAAGCUUCUUCGCACGGAUGGCACGCUCGAAAAUUUUAUUCUGAAGAGCGUAUUCGGAUUUUUGGGCGGUAUAUUUCUCACAUAUAUGUUCUUCAUAUUUCUCGUGGUUCAACUGAAUUUCACUCUUUCGUCGGUUACGAUAUUAUGCUCCGUUCUCGGAAUGAUUCUCACGCUCGGAUUGGCAUUUUCUUACCAUGUGAGGUGUAUCGUAUUCUUAUUGCUGCCGCAAUUUUUUUCUAAACGUGGCAGACAGGCCUUGAUAGCUUAUGCCUUUAUUCUAACUAUUACCGGACCCGGAAAAAAUACCCUGCACAAUACCAGUAUCCUUUCGGAGUCUUUAGUCUGUGGACAGGAGCAGCUAAAGCAAGCAGUAAAAAGUGUAAUUGACUUAAUAAAAGAGCCAUUUUACGCUUUGAGAGACGCAAUAUCGAAAGUAAUAAAGACGGUGAAGGUGGUUGUAAAGAAGAUUAAGCGAACUCUCGUGGCUAUCAAACGACUCGUGCUUAGUAUACUGAGAGUGAUCACGUCGGUUUUUCAAUGGCUCGGCAGCAUCGUGAAUAUCUGCAACAAGAAAUUGGGUACGCCGUUCGACAGGUGUCAGAGAGUCUUCGAUGGAGCGGUGGCUGACUGUAAAGCGAAGCUUGGCCCUCUUUUCGGAGGGAUAUGCAAUUUGACGUACAUCGUCGGCGCCCUGUGUUACGUAGUGAAACCUUUAGACUUCAUUUGCAUGCUCGUGUCUUACGUUGCCGAUACCAUAGUUAAUGCCGUACGCAAAAAAAUCAAAAGGUUCACUCGCCACAUAAAAGCAAUGUUUUACGUUAAAGUGAAAUUUUCGCAUUCUUUCCACUUUGAGACGAAUCAAAGUAAAACUCUCGAAGAUGUGUCGACUGGUAUAAUCACUGAAGUGCGAUCGAGAACCGAUAAAUUUUUAGCUCUUUUUGAUUGGAUGAGUUUUAUGGCUACCUUUUUUAUUCUCUUCAUGUUGCUAAGAAUUAUACAUUAUCGGCACAAAUGGUUAACGAACGAUCGUUUCGACAAUCAAUAUCUGACUGACGAUCUGCGCACUAUCGAUUUAAUAAGAACGCGUCAAGAGAAGGAAACCAUAUUACCGUUAAACCGUCGCGAAAGAAAUCAAUAUAUCCCAUUAACGUCUAUCACACUGAUUAAGGUAGAAAAAGUAAAGCUCGCCAAAUCCGCAGUAUUCUUGUGCUUAACAACAUUUAAAAUCUGUAUUCACAUGAUGGCGGAUUACAGUCUUUACUGGAUCCUUAGCACUAUUAGAUUUCAUGGACGAAUCGAAACGAAGGUCCAACGACCCAAUUUUGUAGGCGUCUAUGUGUCUGGUAACGGCUAUCUCGCCGACCUUUAUCGAAGCAUCGUGAAAGCCUUCACGCCGCACGCGAAGGAUGCGGAGAUCGAUAUGACGCCCUGCCUUCCAGAUCCCAUCCCUCCAGAUCUAGACAGAUAUACGCAGAUUAUGACACUGAUCGGCUUCUGUUGGAUUAUGGCGAUAUUCGAACCGUACGGAUUAAGAUUACGACACAUUGUCAUGUGCAAGUAUCAUCCGGAAAGAGCCAAGCAAAGAGCCGCUUGGUUGUACAAUCAUAUAAUUAGAUCGAGAGGAAGUUUUCUGAAAUUUGCACGGCGCCAGUUGCGCCGCAAGUUCGGCAUGAACGAAGACGAGAGAAUCGAGAGAGUUACAUUUAGAGAGCGAUGCCUGGCGAUCUGCCCGUUCCUGAACAAGUUGCUCCCUCGUAAGCAGAACAUGUGUCUUCUUUGCGGUGCCGUGGAGCGUUCCGAUCAGGAACCGCACAUUAAAUGCGCCACACCUGAUUGCGUCGGUUUGUUUUGCAUUCAAUGCUUCGCGGACUUGCAGAAUCUCUGCACAAUUUGCCGAUCGCCGAUCGAUUACGGCGAUUUGUCGGACAUCAGUGAGGAAAAAGAUUCAUCGGAUGACCAAUUGAUAGCGAAAAAGGAACCUGUGACAAUAGAUAUUUAUAAAGAAAAGGAACCAAUUAUGGAAGAGAAACCCAAAGAAGAAAUAAUACAAGAAGAAGAAAUACCGGAAGAAAGAAUAGAAGAAAAAUUGCCAGAAGAAGGAAUACCAGAAGAAAAGCUGGAAGAAAAGAUGGAAGAAAAAUUACCAGAAGAAAAAAAAGAAGAUAAAGCCGUACAAACGGAUGACGAUAUCGAUGAAAGUAGUUCGGAUUCGAUCUAUAGUUAUACUUAUCAAGAAAGGUCAUCACAAGAGAUUGAAAUUGAGCGUUGUAAAACACCUUUCAAAGACAUCGAAGCGCAAAAAAUAAGAGAAGACGUUACGAUUCAAAUUUUUAACGAUCCAUUAGCGAAGGAAAUUACCUCGAGUAGCGAGGAUCCGACAUCUUGUUUCGUAGUGAGAGCUCGUAGGAGGCUUCGUACCAGAUUGAAAAGGAAAUCCUGCUCUUCUCCGCGCAAGGACGAUUCCAAUUCGUCCACAUCGAUAGCGAAUACCGAAUCCUGGCCUACGGAGGAGCUAGAUGAAGAGGAGGUGGUUCACAUCGAGAUGGACGACGGCUCCAACGAACUACUUUUAAAGGACGGCCUUGCCAAAGAAAAGAAACGGAGCCGCGUAAGAAGAGUCCUUGCCGCGCUCACGAAAAUUCCUUGGCUCGGAAAGGAAACGAAGAUCGAUAGCGACAGCGAAUGGCGAACGAAGAAACCGUCUCUCGUAGACAGAAUAAUUCGAAUGCUUCCUAGAACUCAAUCUGUCUCGCCUGUUGGAACGAAUAUCUAUCGACGAAUCCGUAGAAAGGAGGCGAAGCGUAAAGUGCCUUCCUCUACUUCCUCGUCUACUUCCGAUGAAGAAAACGAACAGGGCGCGCUCUUGAAGACGCACGAUCGGCAAGUAGAUUGUUUACAAAUCAUUUCGGACCAUGACGAUUCCGAAGAUAAUAUUUACAACAGAAAUUAUGAUUCACAUCGUGCACGACGCAGGACGAUUUGUCGCCAACCAGAGUCUCAUGUACGAGCUGACGAUGUAAAGCUGAAAUAUCCUCACGAGAAGAAAUUUACAACGAAAAAAUUACCUCGAUAUCUGCAGCCAAUUUCAAAGGAUAUGUUAUAUUUUGAAGUAGACGAGAUCAAAGACUCGCAAUUAAAGCGGAGAUGCGUUCAUCUGGGAAAGCGCAUUAAUGUUUUAUCAGAUACCAAAACAUGCUUCGAUAAUCAGGAGACGAAUAAGCUAAACGUCUCUAGUGAUUACACUCGUAUUGCUUGCACUUGCACAUCACAAAUAUUCUGCGAUAAUAAAAAAGACAUUGAAGUUUGUCACUCGGAGAUGAAUAUUACGACCGAACAUAAUAACGAAAUAUCUGAAACGAAGAGAAUGUCGAAAGCAGACAAAGAAUUACUAACUAUUGACUGGCGAAAAUCAGGAAAGAAGAUGGGAGAAAUUGUCACUACGGAAGGAACAUCAAUAGGUGCUGAGAUAGAUAUUGAGACAGAUCGACAAAAAAUUCCAGAAAAAGUUGUAAUUAAAGAUGAUCGAAGAAAAUCACUAUCGAAAACUGACGAAGCAAUUAUAGAGUCUAAUAAUAUUGAAAAAGAGAAAAAUGAGAAAAAGUACUCUGCCAAAAAAGAACAAGCCAAAGACCUGGGAGCGAGAAAAGACGUAAAAACAUUAAAAGUAAGUGAAAAAGCUCAGUUGAACGAUCCGUUAGCUAGUUUGCAGUUGUAUGGCGUCACGUAUUGGGAAAAAAAAAACGAGUAA